AUGUUUUGGCAAAGGAGGAUGAAGCACGUCCUUAAGCAGCAAGGUCUCAACACAGUUUUGGCACGCAAGAAAAAGAAGCCAGACACCAUGACGGAUGUUGAAUGGGAAGAUCUAGAAAAGCUUGCUAGAGGGUCCAUCGAACCACACCUCAUUGACGAAGUGUUGUGUAAAGCGAUGGAAUAUAUCCCGAAGCAGACAUGGGAUAAACUUGAAAAGAUGUUUGCAUUACAAUUGUUGUCCAACAAGCUUUUCUUGAAGGAAAAGCUUCACUCUCUAAAGAUAGAGAAGGGUGUAAACAUGAUGGAGCACGUGAGUGUCUUUAAUAGGUGUAUUGCGGACUUGCAAAGAUUGGAUGAGAUUUAUAAGUCGGAAGACAAUUUCGUGAUGUUAUUGACAUCUAUGCCUCCUUAUAAGCACUUCCACAUGACGCUUAUGUUCGACAAAGGAACUUUGAAGUAUGAAGAAGUGAUGAAAGACAUCCUGAUGCAUCACAGAAUGGUUCAAUGUUCCAGUGAUAGCUCUCAAGGUGAAGGUCUUAUGGAAAAGGCCAGAGAGAAGGAUUGA